AUGAGGUACAGUCACAGUCGCGAGUACCUGGAAAUGGUGUGCCGGGAUGCCGGGUUCAGCGUAUUAGCAUCGAGCGACGUCAUCUUGAGAAAAAAUGCCGGCAUGCCCGUACCGGGCUUCGUGUUCGUCACGGAGGCGGCCAUUGCUUCCCCAGCCCCAACAUCGUAG